GUUUAAAUGACGCUAUCUUGGAUUCGCGGAACCCGGAACGCCUCGAAGCGGGAGUCGCAAAAGCCCGACUUCGUUUGAAACGGCCGACAAGCGGCUCGAGCGCGAGCCGAGCGACGUCACCGCGGUGCCGCGAGCUCCAGGCAGGUGCCUCGACGGCGUUGCAGUAUUGUUGCCCUGAUUCUUCGGCCCCCAGACUCGCCACACAGGGACUACCCACGGGCUCCUUUGCCGCUGUUGCCGUUCCCGUCGCCACAGUCCCCGAUCCACUGGAUCCUCCAACAUGGCGACUACAGACACCAUCAGUCUCCGGGUCUUCUCUCUCAACUGCUGGGGUAUCCGCUACCUAAGCAAACAUUGUCUCCAGCGCUAUGCCAUGAUCGGGGAAUUGUUGUGCAAGGACCAGCAUGAUGUUGUGUUACUACAGGAGGUAUGGAGUGAGAAAGACUACCUGUCGCUGAAGAGGAAGCUUGGUGGCAGCUAUCCCCACUCCCACUACUUCAAAAGCGGGGUCAUUGGCAGUGGACUCGCCAUUUUCUCCAGACACAGGAUUGAUGAUGCAUUCCUGUACCGUUACUCCCUGAAUGGGUAUCCAUACAUGGCCCACCACGGAGACUGGUUUGGAGGUAAAGCUGUAGGGAUGGCCAUCUUAAACAUAGGCAGACUGCGAGCACACGUCUAUGUCACUCAUUUGCAUGCCGAGUACUGCAGAGAUAAGGACACCUAUCUUCCCCAUAGAGUGGUGCAGGCCUGGGAGCUGCAGCAGUUCAUUCGCCAUACCUCAGGUGGGGCAGACUUGGUGAUUUUAGGAGGGGAUCUCAACAUGCAUCCUCAAGACCUUGGUAACAGAUUACUAAGGACUUUCACAGGCCUACGAGACUCGUACUUAGAGGUGACAAAGUUUGAUGGAUGCGAGGAUGGAAUGACCUUAAUAGCAGAUAAUCCUUUCAUUAACAAGAAAGAGAUUGUUCCCUUCGAGAAGGGAAUCCGGAUCGACUAUAUCCUGCUGAAGGGGUCUUCCAAAGUGGACAUCCGGUGUGAGUCCAUGUGCACUACCAAAGGCUCUGUGCCCGAUCAUCCUUUCCCAUAUUCGGACCAUGAGGCGCUUUCUGCUGAGCUGCAGCUCACCCAGAACCAGGCUGGAGAUGACCAGCAGACGAAGGAACAAGACUGCACGCCAGGCAAGCUGGCCGAGUUGGUGGACAUCGUGACCGAGGCUCGCACGGAGGUCAAAGUCGGCCUGCACUGCGCGGAGAGGAUGCGCUACACGGCAGCCCGCACCGGGGUGAUGGGCCUGGCUCUGCUGCUGUUGGAGCUGACCAUUGCGGCGGUGCCCUGGUUCGCCCUGGGCGCAGAGCAGCCUUUCCCCCGCGCCACCUUCUACCUGCUGGCGGCGCUGUGCUUCGCCAUCCUGCUGACCACGGCUCUGCUCUAUAUCUUUUACACCAUGGAGGUGAAGUCUCUCCAGGGAGCCGAGGACCAGAUGAGGCUGGCCGUGGGCAGCCUGCAGGAGAGGCUGCGUGGCGUCCCCUUAGCACAGCCCGUCAACGUGGAGCGGAGGACGCCGCCAGAGCGUCAGGGGCCCUUCGGUCCGGAGGAGUAGAGCAGGAGCUAGAGUCACAGGGGGUCUGAGUGGGACCUCUAGUAAGGGAUUCUUGUAAAGGAGUCACCACUGCUAUUUUUAAUACUGUUGAGAUGAAUAUUUCUACUGCAGCGGUCAGGAUGAAUGUGUUUGACUGAAAGAAUUACACAUGCAAAACGAGUUUAUAUCCAGAAGACGUGCGGGACACAAGCUAUAAUACUUUUGUACUUAGACUUUUAACUUAAGUUAGACGUAGUUUCUCUCUCUAUGCACCUCAUCAGAUAGGCCUCCUCUCUCCGCAACGAGUUCCCGUUUCAUAAUAUGGCAGCGCACAGCACACCGUGCAUCAGUAACUUAAUAUUGGUAGUUUAAACGUGAACAUGUAUACUUACCCUCUUUUGUUUGACCCUGCAGGUUUGAAUAAUUGGAAAAGUGGAAGGCUAAAUUGCAUUCCACCACUCGAGAGUGGCGAGGGGACCACUUACUUCCUACUCUUUCAAUUCCGUCAUUCCUUUUACAGUUUGUAUGCCAUGUUGUCACACGGAGCCACGUGAAGGAGAAUGAAUUGUGCAGCUUACAGGAAGUUGUCAGAAGUUCCAAACCUCAAAUUCCAGACUUGACCUAUUUUUGUAUGUUCUUGCUUACCUACUUGAGUAGUCUUUUCAUGUCCACCUCAGGGACGACGCAGAAACGCCCGUAGUACCGCGAGUACACGGUACUACGGGCGUUUACUGACGAUGAGGAUAGCUGCAAAUGUUUCUCCCGGUCCAAAACGGUGGACGCGUCCAAUAGCAGUUAUAGAAAUACGGACCCAGUGCACGGGAUGGGUACCUCUACACAGCUUAGGUAAGGUGCAAACCCUGCAUGCCUCCUUUCAAAUUUCGGUUAGAAUAAGGUGUCCUGUUGGGACUAUGUGAAGACGUUUGCAGCAUGUCAUCAUAGUAUUUAUGAACAGACUGUGUUUUUAGAGAGACAAUCCACACUCCUGUGUUUUUUGUAAACUGAAGAUUAGAGAUUUGAAUGCAAUAUAUGUUUUUUUUUAAUCAGUCAAGUACUGUAAAUUGGUGUUGUCAAGAUAGAUUAAUUAUUGAGUAGACAACAUCAUGAAUUAUAGAUUAUAAAAUGCUCCAAACAUAUUUAGUAAUCAGUACACCUAAGUUACCAACAAGUUCAACCAUUUUAUUUUUAUGUACUGUAACACAAUAGCUUGAAAAGAGAGUUGUUAAUGAUAUAUAUAUAAAAAAAAUAUCAAAUAUCGUAAAACUUCGACUGUAUAACCCGAAUGAUGAAGGACUUGUGAAAACCAGUUUUAUUUCAUUUUAUUUCAUUUAUGUUCAGACUAUUGUUAUUCAAAAAAAAAAAAGUAGCGUAGUUUAUAUAUUCUUGCAAUAAGGUUUGUAGUUUUUCAAUUCAUACCUCUUUGUAUCAAUUCCAUUCCUGUAACAUUUUGAUGGACAUGAUUGUAAAGGCAAUAAUAAAGAAUGUAUGCUGCGUUUUCUGUCUGUGUACUGGCCAGAGGGAAUGUUAGCUGUGAGUAUAGAUACACAGGGAG